AUGGCUCAUAUGCUGUGUCUCCGAAAACUUCCUCUAUCAUUGCCACCUGCAAACAGACCAGGUUUCAUGUGCGGGAUGAUAAAGAUGCAAGAGGGCACAUUACAGAUCGAUAUAGAUGACCUGAAUAUAACCAUCGUCCCAAUUGAUCCCAACCCCUCAACUGCAUCUGCGUCAGAUGCGACAAAAAACAAAUCAGCCAAAUCUCGUACUAUAUUGAAAACCAAAAAUGAUGGAAUUGAGAUUCUGUCCAUUGCAGACCUACAUCUCAAAGCAGGUGUUCUCUGGUUAGUUGAGAACCAUUGUUUUAUCGUCCUUUGUCCUCGAUCCCUCCAUAUUACGGUGUUAUACGGCAUAGCGAUUUUGCGUGCAAUUGUUGAAAAACUUAUUCCUGGUAUCCCUGAUAAUUUGCGAGCAUCUAUUCUCCAACAAACUGAGGAUGAGCCGGUCUCAUCUGGCAAACUUUGCAAUGACAAAAUCCUGGAAAAGUCUGGUGGGAAUACGAUCUUAAAACUGAUUGAGCAUAAACACUCUGUGUUUCUUCUCAACAUGAAAAUGCUCUCGCAUGUUUUAGAAGAGACGGAGGAUCCCUGGGAACCCGUGAGAGCAACCCGACAGCUUCGCCAUGAGGAGCUGGAACGAGAGUUGUUUCCCGCACAAAAGAAUGUUAGCUUGAGGAGCGGAAGUCGCGGGAUAACAAAGACGAAUCCUUCUGAGUUUCAGGAGGAGACGCAAGGAGCAGUGGAUCUCCUGAAUGAAUUGCGGUGCCAAUACGAAGAGACCAAUUUGGCAUCGUUUGGUUCGAGAAUUGUUUUUCUCAUUUGCGAAAAGGUGGGCGAUGACAGGAUCAUGCUAUUUGUAUCCCAUGACAGAGUCAUCCUGAACAGUGUCUGUGAGAAAACAGUCAUAUUGAAGGAUAAGACGUUGUCAUACUUCAAGGGCAACCUUUCGGCGUACGAAGAGAAUUUGGGUGCCCAGAAGCUCUUCUGGGGUCGGAUGAAAGAAGCGCAGGAUCACCAAAUUGCGCACAUGGAAGCAUCGAUACGAAGCAGUAUAAAAAUGGGCAAGAAAACUGGUGAUGAUGGCAAACUCCGCAUGGCUAAAUCUCGUCAGAAGAAAGUAGAUGAGAGAAUAGGUGUGCAGGCUCAAUGCAGCCGUCGCAGAUUACUGUGUCACGAACAUCCUAGAGCAACCGUCGGUUACUUCUCUCAACAUUCCGUGGACGAACACAAGGCAGUUGGUCAAUCUGAACUUGUUUAA